GCAACGCACACUUGCCAUUGGCAUAAAUUAUUCAAAGACAUUGUAUACCGUUCGCUAAUUGAGAAUAAUGACGUUUCGAAGAGGUCGUCUUGGAAACAGUUUCAUAUAAAAUUAUUCUCUGUUCCUCUAAAGUGAUCUCGCGCUCAUUUUUCGCAUAACUUAAGCUUCCGUAGAGGCGUAAUAUCUGAAAGUGGGCACUAGAACAGUUACGUAUUGAUAACGAAUUACGUCAGUAAUGCAACAGAUUUUUAAUAUAAUUGAUAGGAGUACUAAUUAAGAUUUUCAGUUUUACGCUUUUUUUGGGCUUUUAUGCGAACACUCACAGUCGUGCUGUUAAUAAGUUUUGUGAAAGCUCAAGUGAUGGUAAAUGCCCUGCGCGUAGUGCGGGACCGGCGCAAGCCAUGUUAGGAUCUUUGCUGGAAGCUGUCGAGGCUGCUAAAUGUGAACUAAGCCGGGCCGAUAAAUGGCCCCCUGAUUAUGCAGAAGAGGUUUUAAUGCACGGUAUGCCUACCUAUGAUUACGUAAUAGUAGGUUCUGGUAGUGCUGGAUCGGUUGUAGCCAGCCGCUUAAGCGAAGAUCCUAACGUUACAGUUUUAGUUCUAGAGGCGGGCGAUGAUCCUCCUUUAGAAUCCGAGAUUCAUUCGCUCUCAUUAAGCUUACAAAAUACCUCAUAUACCUGGCAAGAUUAUGGUGCAUUCAAUCCCAGUUGUUGUCAGGCGAUGCGCAAAGGACGUUGCUAUUGGCCUCGCGGCAAAAUGAUUGGCGGUACUGGAGGCCUUAAUGGUAAUGUCUUUCUAUUGGGCAAAUCUAGUGAUUACGAUGAAUGGCAUCAAUUAGGUAAUGUGGGUUGGUCAUGGGAUAAUAUUGUUAAAUAUUAUCAAAAAUCCACUACAGACCGAGGCAAUGGCACUCAUUCUAUGGGCCAUCUAAUAAUUAAUUUUUUCCAACAUACCGAAAAUUAUAAGCAGCUGGUGGAUCUAAUGAAAACUGCGUCUUUGCAGUUGCCUAACGAAGAUUACAAUGCUGUAUAUGUGGAAAAUAGUACGGGCACUAUAGACCGUGGUGUACGCAUGAGUACGGGGAAAACUUAUUUAGGCAAAGUAGGGAAUUUGCGUACAAACGUGCAAGUGAUUAAAGGGGCGUUCGUGACUGGUAUAUCAACUGAUGUGAAUAAGCGGGUAACGGGUGUAGAUUUUUAUUUACGAUCUAUACCCUUGAACGUGUCAGUGAGAAAGGAAGUUAUUUUAAGUGCUGGUACUUUCGGCUCUCCCAAAAUUCUAAUGUUAUCGGGUAUAGGUCCCUCUCAAUAUUUACGAAACUUGAAUAUCAAACCUUUAGUCGAUCUGCCAGUCGGAGAAAAUCUACAAGAUCACGGCAUGAUGUCGCUGGGAUUGAAAUUCAAACGUAAUAUUCCCUCAAUGGAUAAUUACGAUGACGUUAACAGUAUUUAUGAGUAUUUUAUUAAUCAAGAUGGUCCACUGGCCGCCAGUUCCACUCUAAUCGGUUUCUUAAAUACUAAAAAAGGUGAUAAUGCCGACGUUAUGUUGAUAACACGUCUUAGCCGACCUACGUCUUCAUCAAAUAUAUUUAAAUUCUUACAAUUUAAAUCGGAAUUGGAAAAAGAAUUUCUGCAACAGACCGAAGGACAUAUUUUGUUGGAAUUUCAGGGUGUGCUAAUUAAACCAAAAACUCGUGGUGGUCUCAUAAAACUAAAAUCUAGUAAUUUUGACGAUGGUUUACUUAUACACAAUAAUUACGCUCAAGAUGCGGAAGAUCGCCAGUCCUUAUUGGGGUACAUACGUUACGUUCAGCAAUUGCUUCACACUCCUAAAUUUAAACACUAUGGUUUGGAAUUGUUACGUAUACCUUUGUCUGCAUGCGAUAGCUUGCCCUACGACAGCGAUGAAUAUUGGUAUUGUUAUAUAAGACAUUUCUUUAUUAGCGCUUGGCACCCGGUUGGAACAUGUCGUAUGGGUCCACCUGAUGAUCCAAAAUCUGUAGUGGAUCCGCGUUUACGGGUUAUAGGGGUAAAGGGGUUGCGUGUAAUCGACGCCAGCAUAAUGCCAGACAUAACGAGUGGAAAUACAAAUAUACCGACCAUAAUGAUAGCCGAGAAGGGUUCGGAUAUGAUUAAAGAGGAUGCUAUCGCCUUUGCUGAGUAAAAGUAUUACAAACCUAUUUGAGCAGUUUGGGUAUUAAUAGUUUAGCUAAAUUUUCCUAGUUAAUAAUUU